AUGACGGCAAACCUCGAAAAGACGGGUGCCGAGCACUUUGACGGCGAGAACAAUGAUCUCGCCCACCUGGCCAACCAGGAGGAGCACGAGAUGGGCAAGAUCGAGUCCAUCAGAAAGUACCCCCUCGCUUUCCUAUGGUCAAUCUAUGCCGUCUGGUGUAUCCUGCUCGUGUCGUUCGAGAACCAGGCUGCCGGUAACAUCAUCGGUAUCCCCGAGUUUCGAAAGGACUUUGGAUACAAGUUUGGCGGCGACUGGGUGCUUCAUGCCGACUGGCAGAGCGCUUUCCAGGGUGGCCCUGUUGCUUCAGGUAUCGUCGGUGCUCUUGGCUGCGGUGCCAUCGCCGAUUGGCUAGGCCGUCGCGCUGUAAUCAUCAUCUGCCUUGUUAUCACUUAUGCUGCCAUCACCAUGGAAUUUGUUGCUACUACCAACGCCGUCUUCUUUGGUGGCAAGUUCCUCAAUGGCUUUGCUGUUGGUGCUCUGGCUUCCGUGACUGUGUCAUAUAUCGGAGAGAUUACUCCCAUGGCCCUCCGAGGUAUGCUCACCUGUCUGUCCGCCCUCGCCUACACACUCGGACCCUUUGCCGUCUCCCUCAUCGUCAACGAGACGGGCACAUACGACAGCCGCUGGGCGUACAGAGCCGUCUUUUGCGCUCAGUACGGCUUUGCUGUCGUCUCCACCGUUUUCGUCUUUUUCAUGCCCGAAUCUCCAUGGUGGCUCGUUUCCAAGGGCCAACAAGAUCGCGCCCUUAAGUCUCUCGCCCGCCUCGGAAGCAAGGGUGAGGAGGGCCAGAAGCGUCUUGCCGCCAUCAACAAGACCCUUGAGGAGAUCAAGGCCGAGACCGAGGGUGCCACAUACUUUGAGUGUUUCCGCAAGUCCAACCUCCGUCGAACCAUCAUCUCGAUCGCCCCCCUGUGCAUCCAAUCCCUCUCGGGUAUCAUGUUUGCAGCUUCAUACUCAACCUACUACAUGCAGCUUGCCGGAUACACAACCAGCGAGAGCUUCAAGCUUCAGAUUGUGCAGCAGGCUAUCUCCAUGAUUGGAAACAUCAUGUCCUGGUAUCUGGUCGACCGCAUGGGCCGUCGCAACCUCACCUUUUACGGCCUCCUCAUCCUCACCGUCAUCCUCUUCGUCAUGGCAGCCCUGGCUACCGUCGCAACCCCCGGGGCCAUCAAGGGCACGGUGGCCAUGAUUUUGCUGUACUGCUGGUGGUAUAACGUCACCAUCGGAGCCACGGCCUAUACCGUUCUGUGCGAGGUGUCAACCUCCCGCCUGCGUGUCAAGACUGUCGCCAUCGGUCUGGCGGCCCAGAACGCUCUCAAUAUGAUGUGGAGUUUCGUCCUGCCCUUCAUGUUCAACCCAGACAAGGCCAACAUGGGAGCCAAGGUCGGUUUCGUCUUUGGCGGCCUGGCCGUGAUCAGCCUUGUCUUCCUGUGGUUCUAUCUCCCUGAGACCGCCAACCGCACCUACGAAGAGCUCGACGAGAUGUUCACCAAGGGUGUCCCAGCCAGGAAGUUCAAGCAAUAUAAGCCUGAUGCUCAGGCCAAUGGCGAAGCUGUCAAGACGGCUUAUGAUGCUGAUGCGAAAUGA